GAACUCAAUUUUUUACUGAAGACUAUCCAAAGUCAGAUACAUAUUCAGUAAAAAUUUUACUAAGAUUGAGUGCUCUGGAAAAAAAAUAGAUUUUUGACCCGGGGGGGGCCCUUAAAGUUGUUUUCUACGAUUAUCAUCGUAGAACUAUUUAAAAUAUAUUAUAGGAACUUGAUUUAAAUGAUAUUUAGAUACAUUUAUUCUAUUAGUACUGUUGUUUUCUUUCAAGGUCAGAUGUCUUUAUUGACGGAUGAUGAUUGCAAUCAACAAGUAGCAGUUGACUAUUGUUUAUCUAUGUUAACGAACCCAAAUAUUUACCGAAUAAAUGCAAAAAAGGUAAGAAAAGUUCUGCCGAAUGUUUGUUAUUCCUUUCGGUUAAGUUAUAUCCCCCCGCUAAAAGAUGAACAUAUCAGAGAUUUUGUAAAUUUUAAAUCAAAUCAUUUUUGACGUGACUUUAUUAAAUUUACUAUUAAUUUCUCAGAUUCGUGUUGAUUCAGCAUCAAAUGCGCUAUACCAGAGUACUCUGUCCUCGUUACAAGGACAGAAAAAUGAAACAUUAUUAUUUUAUAAUGGUCACUCGGAUCAUUUAGAAAUAAUUGCUGAUGCCGGUUUUACGAGCGAAGAUUUUACAUACGGAAAUUUUGGCAAAGGACUGUAUUUUAAUUCGAAUGUUAAUAAUUGUCUAGUCAAAAACAUUGGCAAGAUACAAAAAGUUUUAAUGUGUAAAGUGGCAUUGGGUAAAAUUGAUGAGAUGAUUAAACCAACUACCAAUAAAAUUAAUUUAACAAGAAAAUCUGGUUUUGAUUCAGUAAAGAUUUUAAAUGUUGAAAAUUCCAAUUCCGAUACUAUUUUUGAUAGUGAACAUGUUAUAUUUAGUGCACAUUUAGCAAUACCGUUGUUUAUACUAACAUUUCAAUCUGCAAAAUAG